UAGACGUUAUUUCUUCUCAAAAGUUUAAAAAAAUUAGUCGUUGUAUACUACAUUUUAGUUAAAUCAUUUUUAAGACUUUUUAAAAAUUACUGCAAUAAUUAUGCAUGCCAAACAAGUUUUCGCGUUGUGUUUAAUAAUUUGUUUUUUAAAACAAACCGUUUCUACACAAACGGAGAAACAAAAGGCGAUAGAAGAUAAAUAUAGAAAAGAGAUGGACGCCAUUGAUCACCUGAGAACGGAAAAAAACCCUGAGUACUACAGUAAGGGAAUGGCAAUACUUGAAAAGAAAGUGGAAAGCCUUCAACGGCUAAAAGUACAAGAUGCCAAAGAUGAUGAUAACCAAAAUAAGAAAGGCAAAAAUGUUAUGCGCCUAGAUCACGAACCCGUAACAGAUAAUCACCCACAGUCUGAAGACUCGUCCCAAGAAGAAAAACAAGAAGGUUGUAUGAUAACGUAAGUGACCGGAUACAAGCAUACAAAUACUAUCUUUUGUAUUUAAAUAUAAAUAUAUAUGUAUUAAAACCUAUUUAGUUAGUGUAUUUAUAUUAACAUGGUGGUAUUUCAUCAUCGUUUCAUUAAACUACACUUAUAUUCUAUUUUAAUAUUAACAGUAAAAAUAAAUAUGCUAUAAAAAAACUUGUGUUAUUUGUCACUAAAACUUAUCACAACCAGCUAUCUAUAAUUAUAACACAAGGUCUGAAAAUCUAAUAUUUCCAAAGUUAUAUCGUAAAAUACUGUAACAACUAUCUGAUAACUGGAACAGGAUUGUAUGAAAAGCUCCCUAAUCAAAUAAAGAAA